AUGCUGCUGCCUUCCGACGUAGCCCGGCUGGUGCUGGGAUAUUUACAACAGGAAAAGCUUACAGCUACCUGCCGUGAAUUCAUUUUGGAAAGCUCAGAUUUGAAAGAAUAUGCAGAGCACUGUACAGAGGAUGGGUUUAUUCCUGCCUGCUUGCUGUCUCUUUGUGGAAAAAACUUGACUACUAUCCUUAAUGAGUAUGUAGCCAUGAAAACAAAAGAAACAACAAAUGAAGUUCCAGCAAUGAUGUCAUCUCUCUGGAAAAAAUUAGACUAUACACUUUCUCAGAUCAGGAGCAUGCAGAAUUUCACAGGAUUUUCUACUAAUCAAAGGAUACGUACAAGAAGUGGAAUCGUAGAAAUGAAAAGGCAGAGACUGCUUCAGCAAUCAGCUCCUGCAAACUCAGGAUUGUUGUCAGUAGCCCAUCAGUCAGGGACACAGAAUUCCUCUUCUACUGUAUCUUCUCAAGUUAUUCACAGGCCAGCAAUAAAUCAAAAUAUAUCACAGACAAGACUGAAUACAUUGUUUGUGAACCAGUCACAAACCGCAGACAACAGGAUGAGCACAGGGGAUUUCAUACACAUUCAAGUUCCAGCAUCACAAGAACGAAAGCUUCAUUCAAACUUGCUUUCUCCAGGAAGACGAAAAAGUGAUUCUCAGAAGAGGAAAAAUAUUACAACACCUGGACCUCUUUCAGCAACCAGAACUUCUCAAGACCCUGAUGAAGUAAUAACAGAAAAAGAGAGUGAGCCACUUGAAGAGUUCAUAGAUGGCAACUUCCCACAACUGGUUAUUGAAAAUGCCAGAGAGAAAAUCUUGAGCAACAAAUCUCUUCAAGAGAAGCUUGCUGAGAACAUAAACAAAAUCCUGAGCAGUGAUGGCAAUGUCACUCAGGCCCCUAAACAGACUGACAGUGGUCCCACUGAGCAGGAGACUUCAAUUGAUGAAAUCCUUGGACUUCAGGGUGAAAUUCAUAUGUCAGAAGAGGCUAUACAAGACAUUCUGGAACAGACAGAAUCAGAUCCAGCUUUUCAGGCACUCUUUGAUUUGUUUGAUUAUGGAAAGAGCAAGGUAAACAAGAACUUACCUGCUGGUAUUUCUGGUCAGAGUGGAGUAGAGAAUGCAAUCCUGGUGGAUGAGGAUAACCUGGAAACACUUGAAAAUUCUUUAGGAACAGAAGAAACUAGUAGAUGUGACAAUCCUAGAGAAUCACUGUCCUGUAAAGGUUUUCAGUUGGGAGAAGCACCAUGUGCCUUGAAGAGCAGCAUUAAUGAGCAUGAUAUGGCUAAGAAAAAUAUAACCAACGAACAGUUGCAUGAAAGUGGCAGAGCAAGGAAGCAGACUGACGGACUUAAAACUGUUAGCCCUGAACAUAUCGGAGAGCUUGAAAUUGCUUUUGACUCUGUGCCUGCUUUGUCCGAACCUAAUAAGAGGCAGAGUUCUGAUAGUGGAUGUAAUGAACACUAUGGAGUUUCUUAUGAGAAAAAAGAGUCAUCUGCAUUAGUACCUGGAAGUGAAAGAGCUGUGGAAAUGGAAAAAGGCCCACUAAGUCAUAGCGCUCAAAGUAGUCCUAACUUAGAAUAUGUUCAUUCUGGUAGUCCGCAGGUUUCAUUGAUUUCCUUGGCAGAGGGUACUACAGCCAGUGAAAACAAAACACAUUCUGGAACUAAACGUCACUUAUCACCAGAUACAUCACUGUCUGAAAAAACACUCAAUGAAAGCCCUUCUGGUGGGAGCGUACUGCUGACAAAAACCAUUUCAUCAGUUUCUAGCCCAUCAUCAGAUGCAGGAAAAGAACAGGCUGUAACAAGCAAUGCAGCUGCCUUACCUGCUAUUCUACAGGAGAACUCUAGCCACCACUCUGACCAUCAGGAAGAGAGUAUGCAGUCUGACUGUACUGCAGGAUCUGCAGUGAAGAUUUUGGGUCUUGACAAAGCAGAGUUGCAGCUUGAAGUUGUUGAUACUUCUAACAAAACUUAUCCAAAUGAUCAGCAUACACUUGAUAAGCCUUGUAAGAAGGAUUUUAACCUCGCUUCAGGACCCUCUAACUCAGGAACACAAGGGGAAAUGCAAGAACCAUCGUCUUCUACAAAAGCAGAUGCUGAUAAUAUGUAUUUCUCAUCUGGUGAUGACACAUGUACAGAAAUUUCUGUAGUAUCUACUGAAAAUAAUCUUACUACAUCUGAAAUUCACCAAUCUCCUCUCCCAGAAACUACAUCCUCAACAGAUGAGACAAGUACUGAGGCCAGAAGUAUAAGUGGUGUAUCUUCUAGUAGUCAACCCAUGGAUGUUGAUCCUUCUAACAUAAUGUCCCUCAAGAUCAUCAUCAGUGAUGAUCCAUUUAUUUCUUCAGACACAGAGUUAAAUAAUGCUGUUUCCAGCAUCACCGGAGAGAAUUUACCGACUAUAAUAUUAUCUUCUCCAGCCAAAUCCCCGACGAAAACUGCAGGCCUGUCCAAAUGUCUAACUGCAGAAGACACGGAAAAACACGUAGAUACAGCUUUGGCAGAGCAGAAUCUUCUUGUGCUUAGACCCAAGGAUCCUGUGGUCACCUCAGUUAACACUCAGAAUGAAGACUGCACUGUUUUUUCAGUAGCAGGUACAACUAAUCUUUCCAAGGAAGGGGGAUUCAUACAGUUGAUGCCAGCAACAAGCACAGCUUUGGGGAAUUCAAACAACCUUUAUAUAGCUACUUGCAUGGCUGAUCCAGCUACCUUGGGCACAGCUGUCACGCCAUCAAAUGUAGUUGUAUGGCCUGGUAACUCUAUGCCGCUUGCUGCCCAAGCUCCUGCUGUACAACAGUUACGGACUCCUCCUAGAUCCAGCAACGCAUUUGCAGCAAACCAGGCUGUCUCUUCAAACUUCCCACAAGGUUCUGCCAUUAUAAUUACAUCUCCAGUGCAGCCUGUUUUGCAAGGAAUGGUGGGAAUGAUACCUCUCUCAGUGGUAGGACAAAAUGGAAAUACGUUCUCAGCACCUGCCUGCCAGGUUCUUCAUAUGCCUGUGGCUAGUCCAGUGUGUAACAGAAGUGUCCCUAAACUUCCCAUCACUCCCAAAUCACAAAAGAUUCCUGGAGGAAGAAACAAGACUAAUACAGGAAAACUGGUAUCAAGUGUAGCUGAGCCUUUGAACCAUACAGUUUCUCGAACACAAAGGACUGGAAAUUCAGACAAGCGUAUCACCACAGAUCUAGGAAAGAAAGCGGAGGAUAACUUACCUGUUGCACCAGUAGAGAGCACAAGUUCAAAUUCAAGACAAAGUGAAAGUCACAGGAGGGUGCUUUGCUUUGAUAAUGUCCCACCUGCUCCAGGAGGAAACACCCAGUUUCAGGCUACUAAGAGUUUAGCCCAAAAAGAAAAAAACGAAAAUACUUUAUUUGCUGUUGACUCUGCUAAGGCACAAAUAACAAAGAGAGAGAAAGAGAAAACGUUGCCUAGAAUUCUCUGUAAGCCAGAAGUUGGUAGCAACAGAAGUGCAUCUGCAAAGGAGCCACAGCCUGAGCGGAAGGUGGCAACUGCAGGACUUCCAUUAGAUCCCUUCCACAAGACUACAGCAAAUAAGGAAAAUGAAUUACGAAGGGAUACUGAUGAAAAACAGAAGAACCAGGACACUGCCAAACUCUCCAAUGGCCAACAAAGUGUUAGCUUAUGGAACGAGAAGACUGUUGCUUCGGUACAAGAGCUGAACAAAAAGCAAGGGUCACUGGCAAACGGGAAUGGCAAAACUUCAGUGUCCAUUUCCUUGUCUUCAAAGGAACCAAAGCGAGAACCAGCGAAAGUUUCUAACCAAGGCCUUUGCCUGUCAAGUCCGUUCACUAAACAGUGCGUGGAAAUGUUGCAAGACAUUCAGUGGCAUAGCCCAACCAGCAAAACAGUUGAAAACGGAGAACUGCCGGUACCCCGUACACCAUCUGGGGUUGGGGACAGGCAUGCAGAUGAUACUACAGAUAGCGUACGGACACCCACCUGUCGGCGUUUCAAUGAGGACAGCACAACCCCUAGAAUAAUGGUCCCCCCUGCCACACCAGACUUGCCGGCCUGCAGCCCAGCUAGCGAAACAAGCAGUGAGAACAGCGUCAGUAUGGCUGCUCACACGCUGAUGAUCCUGUCACGGGCAGCUAUUGCAAGGACUAGCACCACAACCCCCCUGAAGGACAAUACUCAACAGUUCAGACCCCUAAGGAGCGCAGUAAAGAAAAGGAAACUAGAGGACUUGAACGAGGGUGAGAGGAAUUCUCGUUCUGCAAAUAGAAAAGAACUUCAAAGUUCUCCAACACCAUCAAAAAAGAAGAAAAUAAAGAAAAAGAAGCUACCAAAUUCUUUUCCAGCAGGAAUGGAUGUGGACAAGUUUUUAUUGUCUUUGCAUUACGAUGAAUGA